AGCAUGGUCCUCCAUAUCAUCAACCACCUCCUGCUGGUUUCAAUCCUCAAGUAUUCAUGCCACCACCUCCGAUGCACCCCGGCUUUGAUGCCUACGUUGAGGGUGGAGGCGUUAAGUCUGAUUUUGGCUUUAAUUCGGCAUCUAUUCGAGCAGCUUUUGUCCGAAAAGUUUUCAUACUUGUUGGUAUUAUGUUAACAGUGGUAACACUGAUGACUGCCAUACCAUUCGUUCAUCAAGAAACAAUGACAUUUGUACGAAGUACUCCGUCAUUGUAUUUUGGGAGUUACGUCAUUUUUAUGGUGAUUUACUUCACAUUAAUGUGCUGUGAAGGUGUGCGAAGAUCAUUUCCGGGCAAUUUAAUUGCACUAAGUAUCUUAACAUUGGCGAUCGGUUACAUGACUAUGAUGUUUUGUUCUUAUCACAGAACUACAUCAGUAUUACUUUGCUUGACAAUAACGGUCGUUUGCUGCGCUGGGAUCAUCAUUUUUUCAUCGCAGACGAAAUACGAUCUUACAAGUAUGUAUGGCAUUCUGUUUAUCGUUUCAUUGGUCCUAUUGGUUUUUGGUUUCGUUGCAGUUAUUGCCGCCGUUGCAUUUCAUGUGAGAUGGCUGUACACUGUUUAUGCUGGACUCUCUGCACUGUUCUUUAUGGUUUAUUUGGCUGUUGACGUUCAGACAAUAAUGGGAGGACGAAAGCAUGAAAUUUCGCCUGAAGAUUACAUAUUCGCAGCAAUUCAAGUUUUCCUGGAUAUUGUUUACAUCUUUUGGAUGUUGCUUUCUCUGUUUGGUUCAGACAAGUAA